AUGGUUGUGACAGGAAAGGAAAUUUUCUUGGAUGAAAAUAUACCAGUGACACCGCUGAGAAAUAGAACUUGCCAACAAUACUUGAUCCAGAAUCACUACAUAAUGGAACCUUUGUCCAGAGAUGAAGCUGAGUUCCCUUUGGCGUAUGUCAUGGCCAUCCACAAGGACUUUGAUACAUUUGAAAGGCUCUUCCGGGCCAUUUACACUCCCCAGAACCUCUACUGUGUUCAUGUGGAUGAGAAAGCCUCAGCUGCUUUCACAGAUGCUGUGGGAAAACUACUGAGCUGCUUCCCAAAUGCCUUUGUGGCUUCUAAGAGGGAGUCUGUGGUCUAUGCAGGAAUCUCCAGGCUCCAGGCUGACCUGAACUGCUUGAAAGACCUUGUCACCUCCAAAGUUCCCUGGAAGUACGCCAUCAACACCUGCGGGCAAGAUUUCCCCCUGAAAACCAACAGGGAAAUAGUUCCGUAUCUGAAAGGAUUUAAAGGCAAAAAUAUCACACCUGGGGGGCUGCCCCCUCCUCGUUUGACCAGGAGGACAAAAUACGUGCACUUGGAGCAGAGUGGGAUGAGAAAAAUGCCUCCUCCUCCUCCUCACAGUCUGACCAUUUACUUUGGCUCUGCCUAUGUGGCCCUUACAAGGGAAUUUGCUAAUUUUGUUCUUCAAGACCAGAGGACCAUUGAUUUACUUGAGUGGUCAAAAGACACCUACUCUCCUGGUGAGCAUUUCGGGGUGACACUCAAUAGGAUUCCAGGUGUCCCUGGCUCUAUGCCAAACGCAUCCUGGUCCGGUAACCUCAGAGCCAUAAAAUGGAGCGACAUGGAAGACAAACACGGAGGCUGCCACGGCCAUUAUGUACAUGGCAUUUGUAUCUAUGGAAACGGAGACUUAAAGUGGCUGGUAAAUUCACGGAGCCUGUUUGCUAACAAGUUCGAACUUAAUACAUAUCCCCUUACCGUGGAAUGCCUAGAACUGAGGCUUCGAGAAAGAACCCUUAAUCAGAGUGAAAUUGCAAUACAACCCCGCUGGUAUUUUUGAUCUAUGACAACUCA